CACACGGUGGUUUGGAUGGCCAAUCGAGACCAACCAGUUAAUGAAAAGCUCUCAAUCCUCUCCCUACAAAGAAAUGGUAAUCUUGUGCUAAAAGAUGCCGGGCAACUCACCGUUUGGGCUACGAACACUCAGUCAAUUUCCAUGGUGGAAUUACAUCUUCUUGACACUGGUAAUCUUGUUCUUCUUACAUUGGAGGGUGUGACUCUUUGGCAAAGUUUUGACUCGCCAACAAAUACCCUUCUUCCUAAUCAACUACUCACUCGAGACACACAACUAGUCUCGUGGCGCAGCAAAAGCGAUCCUUCUUCUGGCUUUUACCAGCUCUACUUCGACGAUGACAACGUGCUUCGUCUUUUGUUUGAUGGUCUUGACACAUCCAGCGUUUACUGGCCUACCCCGUGGAAAACUAUCUGGGCAGUUGGAAGAACCUCGUACAACACUAGUAGAAGGGCAGUACUUAGUGACACAGGUUUUUUCAAUUCAUCUGAUAGUUUCUGGUUCAUGGCCUCUGAUUUGGGCAUUGGGCCAAGGAGGAGAUUGACCAUGGACACGGAUGGUAACCUUCGAGUAUACAGCCUAGAUGAGAGGAGACGACUUUGGGUUUCUUCGUGGCAAGCCUUUAAGGAACAAUGCAGAAUGCCUGGUGUUUGUGGACCUAACAGCCUGUGCACUUAUAUUCCACAUGAAAAUCCGGGCAGGAGGUGCACCUGCUUAGCCGGAUACAAGAUGGUUAAUCAGACAGAUUGGACUUUUGGAUGUGAACCAAUAUCUAAUCUGCCUUGUGACGAAAGUGAGGCUGGUUUUCUGGAAUUUCUUCGUGGUGAUUUCUAUGGUUAUGAUAUUGGGGUCUACUCAAAUUACACCUUAGAGAGGUGUGCAAAGGAAUGCUUGCAGUUGUGUAGUUGCAAAGGGUUCCAACACAAAAUUGACCGGAUUAACGGUUAUUAUGUUUGUAACCUUAAGACACAGUUGCGUAACGGGCUUCUGACUCCAACUUUUGAAGGUUCCAUGUAUAUAAAAUUGCCAAAAAAUGAACUCUCCUCAUAUGACGAGCCGUUUCAACCAUUCAGAUUAGAGUGCUCAAGCCAACUAAGUACACAGCUUGAUAGGCCUUAUAGGAAAUUCCAUGAAAAUAAGACAGUGAAGUUUAUGCUUUGGUUUGCCACUGCAAUUGGAGGAGUUGAACUGAUCUGUAUCUUGCUCGUGUGGUGCUUCCUGUACAGGACCCAAAAAAGGUCAGAUGCAACUAUUCAAGGUUACCUUUAUGUUGAUUCUGGAUUCAAAAGAUUCAGCUAUGACGAGAUAAAGAAGGCGACAAGUAAUUUUACUCAAGAGAUAGGAAGAGGAGGUGGUGGCAUUGUUUAUAAAGGCGUAUUGUCUGAUCAACGUGUCGCGGCAAUCAAAGUUCUCAUAGAAGCUAACCAAGGAGAAGCAGAGUUCUUGGCAGAGGUGAGCACCAUUGGAGGGCUAAAUCAUAUGAAUUUGAUAGAUAUGUGGGGAUAUUGUGCAGAAGGAAAGCACAGGGUUUUGGUGUAUGAAUACAUGGAACAUGGAUCAUUGGCAGAGAAUUUGCAAUCAAACACACUUGAUUGGGAAAAGAGGUUCAAUGUUGCAGUGGGUACAGCUAAAGGUCUUGCUUAUUUACAUGAAGAGUGCUUGGAAUGGGUUUUGCACUGUGAUGUGAAGCCCCAGAACAUCCUCUUGGACUCUGAUUUCGAGCCAAAGGUGUCGGAUUUUGGACUGUCUAAACUACUGAGUAGAAGUGGUGAGAACAAUUCAAUCUUCUCGAGAAUAAGAGGGACCAGAGGUUACAUGGCUCCCGAGUGGCUAUUAAAUCGCUCUAUCACUUCGAAAGUUGAUGUUUACAGCUAUGGGAUCGUUGUGUUGGAGAUGGUUACCGGAAGGAGUGCUACGACAGGUGUGGACGCCAUUAACAAUGAAGGGCAGAUGGAACAGAGGAGGUUAGCUAAGUGGGUAAGGGAGAAGAUGACUCAAGGGACUGCAAUGACAUCCUUUAUUGAAGAAAUUGUAGAGCCUACAUUGAAUGGUAACUAUGACACAUGCAAGAUGGAAAUUCUUAUUGGAGUUGCUCUGCAAUGUGUCGAGGAAGACAGAGAUGCAAGACCAACCAUGAGUCAGGUAGUAGAGAUGCUUUUAGAAUGAUCAUUAGAAGAGGCAAUGCAUUGAUGCAAAUCAUGCAAUGACAGGCAAAGCGUGCCUUUAAGAACAGUGAGAAUUUUGGGCGGGCUUCUCGAGUUUAUCCAUCUGUGGUGGUGUUUUCAAUGUUGAUCUCUUAUAUUUUGAACAAUUCUUUUUUUUUUUUUUAAGGUAAAAGGUAAGCUUUGUUUUGAACAAUUCUUGGUUUUCAGUCAAUGAUGUUUCUGAUAUUGUUAAAUUGUGAAAAUUAUAGCAUGUGGUAGUUGUAAACUUGUGAAGGAAGCUUUACUUGUGCUAUAUAUAAAAUUGUAACCACCUUAAACUGAUUCCAUUUAUAAAAAAUUCAGCAUAAAUCCUGUUAAAAAGGAUCCUACAACAACCUGCUUAUGUGCAAAAAUACAAUAGCCUCCCUUGGGCCUUUA